AUGCAAGUAUCCAAAGAUUUCUCGCAGGACGGUCACCCGAUCAUCUUGGCACUGCGCGUAAGCGCCGUGCUGAGCUCACUGGUCGCAUUAAUUGUUUUUGCCUGGGCUGUCCAAGCCCAUAAGAGUGUCUAUACCGACGUCAAUGGCUCUUCAAUAUGCCUUAUAGUCAUGAUAACUGUGGCCUAUGCUUUUGUCUGGUCAACGGUCGCAUUGAUCGUACUACUGCUGUUCAACCGACCCCUACAUGCCGGCAUCUACAUCGCCAUGGACUUUCUCGCAUUUGGCGCCGUGGUGGGUUCGACUAUUGCGUUGCUGGCGGUGCUGGAGCCAUACGGAAUGGACUACCAGUGUGUCAAGGACCCAUGCGCGGUGAACGUCGGCCAGGUCCAGGCGUUUGGGGCCGCGAUGUCCCUUUCGGAUGGGACGCUGCAUUUGGCGCUGUUUGUCUGGGCAUGCUGGGCAUGUCAUCGAUCGACGGGGAAGACGCAGGGGCGCAAGACGGUUGACGAGCAUUAA